AUGGACUGCAGAAAGUCUGGAUGGUCUUAUAUAUGGAUUUGGAGUUUACGUCGUGUGGAGCUCACUUCACUGAACCAAAAUCAGAUUACAAAUGGAAUUUCUAUUGAAUUAAAUGAAGAUAUGAUUGAACAAGUUUCAAUUCUAUUUAUUUAUUAUAUCAAAGCAUUUGAUCAUUCUGAACAUCACCAAGUAACAGAAUUAAAAAAGAUUAAAUAUGGAGAAAAUCGAAUAGAAAUUCGUGUAAAAGAACAAUUUCAUCUUCUCUUUAUUGAACUUUUAAAACAAAAUUAUUAUUUAAUUAUUAAACAAGAAACUUUUCAAAAAUUAAAUUAUAUUCAAAUGAAAUUAUCAUCAAAUCAACGAUGUGUUUCAACAGAUGAAUUAAUGAAUUCUUAUACUUAUCUUCAUCGUAUUAAAUAUUAUCCUCAUUUAUGUCGACAAAAUAAAGAAUUAAUGUGUUUUUAUGAUGAAACAUAUAUGUGUAUAUGUGAUCUUAAUCGAUUCUCAAAUUGUUUUAUCUUUAAUCAUUCAAUGACUUAUGAUUGUCAAGGUCAAAAUUAUUGUGAAAAUAAUGGUAAAUGUUUUCAAGAUAAUCCAAACCGUUCAUUUUCACAACAACCAAUGAUUAUCAAAAUAAGUAUAGGUAUAAUAAUAUUUAUGUUUAUUUUAG